GAGCAGCGCCCUGGCCGGGCCAAGCAGGAGCCGGCAUCAUGGAUUCCUUCAAGGUAGUGCUGGAGGGGCCAGCACCUUGGGGCUUCCGGCUGCAAGGGGGCAAGGACUUCAAUGUACCCCUCUCCAUUUCCCGGCUCACUCCUGGAGGCAAAGCGGCGCAGGCCGGAGUGGCCGUGGGUGACUGGGUGCUGAGCAUCGAUGGCGAGAAUGCGGGUAGCCUCACACACAUCGAAGCUCAGAACAAGAUCCGGGCCUGUGGGGAGCGCCUCAGCCUGGGCCUCAGCAGAGCCCAGCCGGUUCAGAGCAAACCGCAGAAGGCCCCCACCCUAUCCUGCCCGCCCGCCCUGCCCGGCUGUGUCUCUGCCCAGGCCUCCGCCCCCGCCGCGGACCCUCCGCGGUACACCUUUGCACCCAGCGUCUCCCUCAACAAGACGGCCCGGCCCUUUGGGGCGCCCCCGCCCGCUGACAGCGCCCCGCAGCAGAAUGGACAGCCGCUCCGACCGCUGGUCCCAGACGCCAGCAAGCAGCGGCUGAUGGAGAACACGGAGGACUGGCGGCCGCGGCCGGGGACAGGCCAGUCGCGUUCCUUCCGCAUCCUUGCCCACCUCACAGGCACCGAGUUCAUGCAAGACCCGGAUGAGGAGCACCUGAAGAAAUCAAGAGACCACACACCAGCUAACUGGACGUUGCUAGGAGAAGCUGCCCUUCCCAUCCCUACCCCAGUGGGACCUGGAAUCCAACUCGGCAGUUUCCAUGCCCCCAGGCAUCUCCCAUGGGGCCAGCAGGACCCAGGUUGGGGGGUGGGGCCAUGCCAGGAAGCUCAGCCAUGCAGGGCCUUGAAUGGCAGAUCUUGCAGCCAGGUGCCCAGGACAGAAGCCCCAGCCCCAGCCUCAUCUACACCCCAGGAGACCUGGCCUGGCCCUACCGCCCCCAGCCCUACCAGCCGCCCGCCCUGGGCUGUGGACCCUGCGUUUGCCGAGCGCUAUGCCCCGGACAAAACGAGCACAGUGCUGACCCGGCACAGCCAGCCGGCCACGCCCACGCCGCUGCAGAGCCGCACCUCCAUUGUGCAGGCAGCUGCCGGAGGGGUGCCAGGAGGGGGCAGCAACAACGGCAAGACUCCCGUGUGUCACCAGUGCCACAAGGUCAUCCGGGGCCGCUACCUGGUGGCGCUGGGCCACGCGUACCACCCGGAGGAGUUUGUGUGUAGCCAGUGUGGGAAGGUCCUGGAAGAGGGUGGCUUCUUUGAGGAGAAGGGCGCCAUUUUCUGCCCACCAUGCUAUGACGUGCGCUAUGCACCCAGCUGCGCCAAGUGCAAGAAGAAGAUUACAGGCGAGAUCAUGCACGCCCUGAAGAUGACCUGGCACGUGCACUGCUUUACCUGUGCUGCCUGCAAGAUGCCCAUCCGGAACAGGGCCUUCUACAUGGAGGAGGGCGUGCCCUAUUGCGAGCGAGACUAUGAGAAGAUGUUUGGCACAAAAUGCCAUGGCUGUGACUUCAAGAUCGACGCUGGGGACCGCUUCCUGGAGGCCCUGGGCUUCAGCUGGCAUGACACCUGCUUCGUCUGCGCGGUGAGAGCCCCGCCCCUCGAACUCAGCCCCAAGCCCCCCGGCCCUCUGUUCGCUCCCCGGGAGAUGCAGGAGAAGUUGGGAAGGGGCCUCUCCUGCUGCCCCCAACCCCAUGUGACUGGGCCUUUGCUGUCCUUAGAUAUGUCAGAUCAACCUGGAAGGAAAGACCUUCUACUCCAAGAAGGACAGGCCUCUCUGCAAGAGCCAUGCCUUCUCUCAUGUGUGAGCCCCUUCUGCCCACAGCUGCCGCGGUGGCCCCUAGCCUGAGGGGCUUGGAGUCAUGGCCCGGCAUUUCUGGGUAGGGCUGGCAAUGGUUGUCUUAACCCUGGUUCCUGGCCCGAGCCUGGGGUUCCCUGGGCCCUGCCCCACCCCCCCUAUCCUCCCACCCCACUCCCUCCACCACCACAGCACACCGGUGCUGGCCACACCGGCCCCCUUUCACCUCCAGUGCCACAAUAAACCUGUACCCAGCUGUG